GGUGUGAGAGCGAGGCCACUGGUGGAGCUCUGAGCGCUGUGUGCUGGGGAGGUACUUCGAUCUGGCUCCGCUGCUGGCUGCUCUCAAAGCUUCCCCGUAGACGGAUGAUCAGAUCAAGAAGAAGAGCCGUCAAAAUCUCCAGCGAUAUUAAUACCGACGACGAUUGUUGUAAUCCUGGUAUUUCCAUUCAUUUAAAGCAGCUCCAUGGUAACCCGAUACUGAUUGUUGAAGAGGAGGGCAUUCACUGGUUCAGCCGGCGUAGACUCUUGCUGCACAAGCAAGGCUAAAAGAUGUGCAAUGGAAUGGUAGCGUGUGAGACAAGAGCCUCGCUCGCUCACAGGGUGGCCGGCACAUCCCUGCUGCUCCUCCUCCUCCUCAGUAUGCUCCCUGCAGGUCAAGCUUCAGGCUGUCCCAGACCCCCAGUUGUUUCACAUGGCCAUGGGAACCUGACAGAAACUAACCGUGGCACCUUCCUUGUCGGCACACUGCUACAGUACAGCUGCGAUCCAGGAUACACGCUGGAUGGCUACAGCAUUAUCACCUGCACUGUCUCAGGCCAAUGGUCCUCCGAGCCGCCUCGCUGUGUCAAAAACGACGUUUGUCAACCGCCCAUUGAACCAGAGAACGGAGGUUACAAAUGCCACCCCUCACCCUGCCACAGACUGACCCAGGGCACGGUGAUAGAGUACUUCUGCGAUGAGGGUUACGUCUUCAAAGGAGGGUACCAGUUCAGAACCUGCGAGAACGGAGAGUGGACGUCAUCCACGCAGAUUAGCUGUCAUCCCGUACAAGGGGAGGAACCGCACUCCACUUUGCCCAUGCCAGCUCUGUCUAUCGUGGCCUCCACCGCCAGCUCUGUGGCCCUCAUACUUCUGCUGGUGGUGCUGUUUGUGUUACUGCAACCAAAACUUAAGUCCUUCCAUCACAACCGCAGCCGCGAGCAGGGUGUGUCAGGACAGCCUACCUCCAUCAUGGUGGAGGGCGUUCAGGUCGCGCUGCCUUCGUACGAAGAAGCCGUGUACGGCGCAGGUGGCAAUUCCGUGCCGCCCACCGAGUCCCGCGUUCAGAUCGUACUGUCAGAGGGUCCACAGGCAGACGGUUCGAGCGAACUCCUCGAACAGGCUCAGGCGGGUUAUGUUUUCCCCUCCUCUUCGACCGCUGCGUCCUCGUGUCACGCAGAGACGGUAUUGGUUCACCAGGUGCCCUCCUCUUCCUCGUCCUCACCUUCCUGGGCUGCUGAGCAGCCCGGUGCAGCUGCAUGUCUGAAUCGCAGGCAGAGCAGCGAUCAGCACAGUUUACUUUCAGUCACUUCUGCUGAAGACUACGGCGAUGAUAUUCCAUUGCUAAAGUAGGCCUGAGUCUGCGUGCGAAACCUCCACCCUCCCUCUCUCUAUCGAUGCUGACCAGGAUUUUAACCCCUAAAGCUUCUCGCCAAACACUUACCCCGUAACGAUUCUUCAACACAGCAGUACAACAAGAUGUCCGUCAGCCAACAAACCUUUGCGUGACCUGGAAUCUGGCGGCUCUGUUCACCGGAUGAACCCCUAACCAGAUGACCCGUUUAAAGGAUGCGCUGUGCUCAGUUGUCACACCUUUUCUCGCAGGUGUCCUAAUAAUCACGUGGACCUCUGCGCCGUCAAUGACUGUGAUCUCCUGGCAAGAGGAGGGUACAGCUAGGAUUUGCUAAGCCACGCCCCUUUCUCUUCGAUGCUGCAUGUUCUGUGCAAUUUCUUAGUUCUGUUUUGUUGUACGCGCGUACACACUGGAGCACGGCACAACCGAAGCAUGAUGCAUAGCACCAUCUCCCACGCUUGAUCCAAAAGCUUGUCCCUUGUGCGAGACGCAGGGUUGAACUGACUUACAUUGUACUGUAUUCGAAUACAUGCUUGCCUUUUUAUUUGUCAAGAAGUAUCCGUGCCGUGCUGUGCUCUGCGCGCGUAUGUGCGUGUAUUUCCGAUGCCUGUGUGACUGUGGUUGUUGUAAUUUAAAGAGGGCUGAAGUGUCAUCCGGGCUUCUUUUUUCCAAAUAGGAAUCAUUUUCAAUACCUCCAUUUUCUAAUUGAAGCAUUAUUUAACUAGAAUGGAUGUUCUUUGUCUACAUCUCUGUUUGUCCAAUGCGAUAUAUAUAUAUAUACUUUGUGAAGUGGCUGUGAGGUCAUGCUCCCAAAAUGUCUUUUCAAAAAAGAAAUUACAUAUUUCUUCUUUCUUUUUAAACCAUGAGCUCUACCCUUUUACUUCGUCUUUUAUAUUUAUCUGUUGCACGCACAAGAAAACUUUAUUUUUUUGUAUCACUUGUAUGUUCUUUUUCAAGAGAACUUGAUGGGUGUGGACUUAGAUCAUUUACUGGGCUGUACCUUAGUAAUAAUUUGUUUUAUUCACCCCGCCCCAUGUAAAAGACGUACUUGUCACAACUGCAAAUACUACAUUUGAAUGCUUUGCAUAUCAGUUACUAUGGCUAAGAUUAACCAAGGUUAAACCAUUGUCUAUCAAAGAUAGAAGCAUUCUUUAUUAUAUUUCCUUAUGAAAUAAUCUUAAUCAUUUGGUAGAAAGAAACCUAAAAACCUGUCAGAUCUGAAAGGUGUUGCAUUGAUUAAAUGCACGGUAUAGUCAUUCUGCAAAGAUUUGGAUCACAUUAAAUCAUUAUGCACAAAUCUGUGUUAAAUGUCCCAGUAAAUAAGUCAUGCAGCUCCAGAAAAUGUCCUCUUCUUCACUCAUAGUGUGUUCAUGGAAAGAGGACAUCUAAAAACCAAUGAACCUUUUCUUUGAGUUGCUUUUCUUUGUAAUUUACACCUUUGCCCAGUGGACACAGCCACCUCAUGUGUAUAUCCCCUGUUUUUGACGUGACACUUAAAUGUUUGUCAUCAUGUGUUCAAAUCCAUAUAUAUAUAUUUUUAUGUGUCUGACUUUGGAGAGAGAGAGAGAGGGCAGUUUGUCUUUCUGCACAUCCUCAGUUUUGUUCUUCUGUAAAUUGAUCUACAUUUGUCAUGCAAGCUGAAGGCAAAAUAUUACUGCUGCCUUAAAUACUCGUACAUUUCAUACAUUUCUCACUUUGUAAUUGCGUUUCUUCGGUUUCACUGGCGUUAUGGUAAUUUGUCUUCAGAGUCUUUACGGCCUUACUUUUUGUUUUCUAUGCAUAAACAUUGUCUUUGAUUUUCAGAGGUGUUCAGUUGUAGGAUGAGCUUUAGGUUGUCCACUCGGUGAACGUGAAAUAAGUUUUUAUUUCCUUUCUUAAACCAGAUUCACUCAAAGGAUGUUUUUUUAAGAAAGCAAGUUAUGGAUAUCCAGGAUGUGUGUGAAACACUGUUGUACGGUGUUUUUUUGCAUUAAAACUAUAAAAGUUGACUCAUCCACCCUCCCAUUACACUUGCUUUUCCUCUGUACAUUGCUGUGGGUGUGAAGAUAGUAUUUUAAUAUUUGUAUAAAGUUUAAUUUAAUUCUACAGUGUGUAUAUAACUAUUUCUAAUUAAAGCUUUCAUUUGAAGUGCACAA